CGUGGAGCUGCGAGAGAGGGAGGGGAGGAGGAGGAGGGAGCAGGGGGCUGAGCUGAUCCCACGUGUGACGCUUUCAUUCCCGGCUCAGUAAUAUUCUCAUAGCGGGGCUUUGCAUAUCUCCAGCCCGUAUCUGUGUGUGUCCGUCACUGUUACUGUAGUCCCAGCCGAUAGUUUUUUGGAAUAGACAUGGAAGGAGACGGGAGUCAAGCCACAUCCGGAAGCCUGAGCGACUCCCAGCAUGACCCGGGUAAAAUGUUUAUCGGUGGCCUCAGCUGGCAGACCUCACCAGACAGCCUUAGAGACUAUUUUAGUAAAUUCGGAGAAAUAAGAGAAUGUAUGGUGAUGAGAGACCCCACGACGAAACGCUCAAGAGGAUUUGGGUUUGUUACGUUUACAGACGCCGCCAGUGUAGAUAAAGUCUUAGCUCAACAACACCACGAAUUAGACUCAAAGACGAUUGAUCCUAAGGUUGCCUUUCCCCGUCGCGCCCAGCCUAAGAUGGUCACAAGAACAAAGAAAAUAUUUGUGGGCGGCUUGUCAGCCAACACAGUAGUGGAAGAUGUGAAGCAGUAUUUUGAACAGUUCGGGAAGGUUGACGACGCCAUGCUUAUGUUCGAUAAGACUACUAACAGACAUAGAGGAUUUGGUUUCAUCACUUUUGAGAGUGAAGACAUCGUAGAGAAAGUCUGUGAAAUUCAUUUUCAUGAAAUCAAUAACAAAAUGGUAGAAUGUAAGAAGGCCCAGCCCAAGGAGGUGAUGUUCCCACCAGGUACACGAGGGCGAGCCAGGGGUCUGCCCUACACCAUGGAUGCCUUCAUGCUGGGGAUGGGCAUGCUGAGUUACCCUAACAUUGUGGCGACGUACGGCCGCGGAUACACUGGAUUCGCACCCAGCUACAGCUACCAGUUCCCCGGCUUCCCAGCGACAGCGUACGGACCGGUGGCGGCGGCAGCGGUAGCAGCAGCGCGUGGCUCAGGUAGGGGGGCCCGUGGAAGAGGCGGCUACUUGGCGUACCCACAGAGCACAGGGCCAGGCCUCCCCGAUUAUGGGUUUUACUCUACGCCCAGUGACCAGAGGGGGGGGCCCUGCUCCUUUGCUGACUAUGGCUCCCUGGGGCCCCAAGCGGCUCAGAUGCUGCACAGUGAGCAUGCCACCUCCGCCUGCAACUCCCCCCUCCAGCACCUACACAGCCCGGAUCAGUUUAAGAACCCAGGCGCCAACCCGUCCAGGCCCGGAGGUUUUCCUGGUGCUAACAGCCCAGGGCCCGUGGCCGACCUGUACGGACCUGGCAGCCAGGACUCAGCUGUGGGCAACUACAUCAGUGCUGCUAGCCCUCAGCCCGGCUCUGGGUUUGGCCCCAGCAUCACAGGCCCGUUGAUUGCAACAGCUUUUACAAAUGGAUACCAUUGAACAGGUGGCCGGUUGCCAUCUCAUCAGAGCAGAGUAUAUCUGGUGGCCCGGGAAAGACAGGACGAAGUUUCUAAUUGGCUUUGUGUGCAGGUGACGCUAAUCCAACUUCAAGCACUACGCUGUCACCCAGGAGAAAAGAUCGAAAGUGGGAAACCAUACGAAGAAGAAAAGAAAAACGUUAGUCAUCUCAGAAAAAAAACAACUGCUGUACUAUAAUCCAAACCUCCUAUAACUUUACAACCUGGUUUGGUGUGAUGUUUCACGUCAAUCUCAUUCACCUGUUUCCUUCCUCUGUUUUAGUGUUCUGUUUUUUGAUUAGUUUUUAGAGUCAUUUUAGUUCGACCUUGAUUUUGGGUCAUUUUAUUUGAUCUCCUGGUAUCUUUGUGUAAAUGAAUUUUGUUUGAAGUGAUGGCGGUGGGCGGGGGGGUCAUAGCCAAGAAUAUCUGCAAGUCAUGUCUUCAUCUUUGUAUGGGUCAGUGUAAAAGGAAAACGAUGGGAUGUUCCUUUCAGUCUUCCCGCAAAAAAAGAAGCUUGGGGAAAGACGUGGAGACAAAAAAAAAUCAAUUUUAAGGAAACUUUAAAGAAGGUAUCUAAGUAAUAAAUCUUAGUAGCUGUUUUAUUUCUUGUGAUGUCUCAUUGUUAACCAUAAUUACCUAUUUUUGGGCAAUACAAAGAGGACUCCAAUAUUUUUAUGGUCCUUUUUUAUAAGUGUUGUUUUCGUUGUUUAGAAAUAUAUAUAUAUGCUAUAACAAAUUUCAUAUAACUACAUUGUGAAUUCAAACUUGAGAAAAAGAAAUGUAGCUGUACAUAUUAUUCCAGUCACUGCAUAUAACCAACUCAGUGAGAGAAUAGCAUAUUUUUGUGAUGGUGUGUCAAAAAGAACAUGUUAUAGCGUGUGAAUAGAAGACAAAGCUGUAAACAGUUACUAUUAUACGUUUUUGUUUGGUUUUGUUCCUGCUGGAGAGACGGCGGUGUCACGACCCCACGAGACAAACAGACACACACACCUGCUCUGUAAAUACUGAAGCCGAAUCAUUUUACAAAGUGUCAUACCAGCAAAUUUACACACGGCGAGUUGAGAGCUAACACGGUUUUAAGAAAUAAAUAAGAAAAAAAAAAGACAGGAGCCUGAUGUUUUUGUCGAACUGUCAGGAUAUCAGUAUCAUUUCAAAGAGAGAGAGAGAGAGAGAGAAGAAGAAAACAUACAGACGAUUAAAUCCAAAGCACACUGUACUUAGAUGUGAUGAUUAGAACUUGAACCAGGCAUUUCCCGGUGCUCGGUGCAUCCCGACACUUUUAUACUCCCGCAAGGAACUUGUUGGUCGUACGUUAUUGUUUGUCUCAUCCUGCUCGUUCCUGAUUCACGCGUUUUAUUUAACUUUUCAGGAACCCAAUAUCCUGGGCUCUGUGCGAGAGCCUCGAUGUGAUUGCUGAAUCGGUUCCUGUUUUUGUUGUUGGAAAGAAUUAGGAAAGUAAACAUUUUGAUACCAUACCUCAGCCUUCGUGAGUUCUCUCGUGGAAUCAUUGGCAGGUUUAAUUUAUUCUAUAUAUGUGGCGAGACAGAUGAAAACACUGAACGGUAAUAAAGUGAGUAAUCAUUGCACUGUGAGUAGUGAAGUACAGGCCAUUUUCCUAUUUGCACAUGUAUACGUUGGCUUUUUAACGAAAAGAAAAAGCGGCCCUGUGCUUUGGGAUAGUAUGAAGGAGUUUUGGGGGUUAACGUGUUCUCGACUCGACAAAAACGCUUCAGGUUAAGUUCUGAGGUGAGUUAACAGCUUGGGAAAUAGUAACUGAUAUGUUGCAGUGUACAUUUCUUUCUAUAUAUAUUAGACCCAUGCAUCAUCUGAAGAUAUUUAUACAGGGUCGAUAGGUGACACUGAAUUAUUCGCUCUCUGCCGCUGCACCAGCUUUUACACAGAACGCGUGGCUAAUGAUUUCUGCUGAUUUAGUAGUAAUACGCUCCGGUCCGGUUUUCAGCGUCAUUGAACCGAACGAAUGGUGUGUGCUCUGAAAAAAGAACUUUACCUGCUGCAGACGUGUUUGUUGUUUUCAUUUCUACCCACUUGUCUCAUUUCUUUUUGAUUUCAAAACAACCAGGUAAAGAAAUAUGCUGGAUACUUACUAAAGUUAAAAAAAAAAAAAUUAAAAAAAAGAUAUGGAGGUGUGAUCAAGUAAUAAUAAUAUAAAGAGUAAAGAUUUAAACAAAAAAAAACGUGUAAUGUUCAAAUGUAAAAGAAAAUAAGAAAUACAAAACUAUACAAAAAAAAAGAAAGAUGCUUCUUUGCUGAUUUCAAGUUUAAUCAGAGUUUUAUUGAUACUUUGUGGUUUAUAUAUGAAUAAUUGUAAUAUACUAUUAAAAUGUACUGUGCAUCCAUUGCUUUCUCUCUUUCCAUUCACCAUCCUCAGAGAUCCUGCUCUCUUUUGUUGAUCAUCCAUGUAUUUCAUUAGUGUGUGAAGAGCUCACAGUUAACUUGUAAACAGAGUGCUGUCUUUGAUACCAGUGUAGUGCUCUUUGUUGUUCUCCCUUUGCUCUACCUCUCCUUUCUCUCACAUUUACCCCUCUCUCCCUCUCGCGCUCUUUUUCUAUCUCCUGUAAUUACAAACGUAGAUGUUAUAUAGGACUCAUUAAUAUAAUACUUGUAGUGAUUAGUGGAUUUAGGACCAGUCAAGGUAGACCUUUCUCUAAAUGAUCAUGUUAUUCUGAGAUUUGCAGACAUUUAUUUUGAUAGAGGUUCAUUGUAAUUUAUUCCCUGUAUGAUUAUUUUCUUUGGGUUUGUUUUUUUGCCACGCUCACAUGGUUUCAGCUAACCAAAGCUCUCAUGGAUGGACAAGUAGAGAAGCCGUUGCUGUAAGAUGGAAUUGUACACAAGGCAUUAUUUGGAUCCCCACCCUUGAAUGUUUUAAAAGGGGGUGUGCCAUACUACCUUAAAUCCUAACGCUAGAUAUGCAAAACUUUAACUCUUGAUUCUUGGACACAGGCUAUAAUCUUAGGGAAAGAUUUAAAAACAAAGCAUAUUUCCUAUAUUUUAUAAGAUUCACACCAACAGUCAUGUUAUCGACCUCACUGCUGUUUCACUGACCUGCUCGACGCUACCUAUUAACUUUUACUACUUUACGGAAAUUACCCAGAUGCCUCGGACAUAGGUAUUUUUAAAUAAUACCGUUUUGUCUCUUAUUUCUCUCAAAACUUCUAUUAUUUGAAUUGUUUUAAUCUCUGGGAGCUAGUGUCUGUCGUUCACACAUAUUGACUUAAGAUGAGGCAUUAGUGUAAAAAUAAGAAAUGACUCCAUUAAACAGAACCCCUCUAAAGGAGCAGGUGCUGAAGGACGGGGUGUGUAUCAGGCCUGAUUAAUUGCUGGUUAAAUUCCCGUCCUGACUCUGGACCAGCGCCCUGAAGCUGUGAGUCACUGCCAAAUUGGAGCAGAAAAGAAAAUAUUAAAACUCAAAUUUAAAUGCUUGACAUUUCCUCAGAAACACCGUGUCAGAGGAUGUCCAUAUUUCAGACCUGUUAGAUCUACACAAGCCUCUGUGUUUCAGGCAUAAACAAACCAAUUAUAAAGCCAAUUCGCUCCCGAGCUCAAGCUGUGUGCACACUCCAGUCGAGUACAAUUUCAAUUAAACACAAUUUAGCUUUUAUAUCAGUUAUUUUAUUCACCUCAUGCGGUUUUAAAUUGAAUGCUACACACAUUACGUUAAUAAAUAAGAUUAAUGUCUGUUCUUUCUCCUCAUCUAAUAUUGACUGUCGGGUUACAUACAGUAUGUACAGUAAUCAAUGACAUUAAUAGACAAAUGGCUCCACUGAAAAGAAGCGAGUAUAUGUGACGCUGCGUUAUUGAUUUUAACAAUUCAAAUAAUAUUCAACUUUAUAUCAACUUUAUAAAGAAAAUACAGUGUUUGCCCAAAAACUAAUGAGAACUGAUUUAAUCAAAAAGAUGUUCCAAGUAUUAAUGUAUAUCUUCUCCUUAAUUACACAUGAUGGUAUAACAUUUAUUAAUAGUAAUCAAUAAUGAAUGAGUACUAGUUAAAGUUUGAUAAUAAUAGAAAGUGCUCCUCCAUUGUCCCUCACAUUUUAAAUUCAAUCCAGUGCAAGAAGUUCAUUAGGAGCCUUUUCAUCUGAAAACCGAAAGCCGGAGCAAAAGUAAAAACCAUGUUACUGUGUGCGUUGUCUCCGUAGCAUCACAAAGUGUCUGUUAUUGGACUUUAAUCAAACAAAUUUACUGGAAAAGAAAACCAAACUUGAAUUGGCCGAUCUUUCCCCCAUCCAGUGAUAUUUAAAAAAAAGUCCUGUUGUGUGUUUUGUGAUCCUGUAGCUUGGACUUUAAGGUAGCAUGGCUCCGUUGCUGUAAUUUUCCUUUUAAUCUCAAACUGACAGCAGUUUACAGCUGAUGAAUGUUACACAUCUUAGUAGACUAGCGAAUCCAUUUGGGGAGAGGGGAGGGUCGUGGUUUAAGAAAAAAAAGAAAACAAUAAUCAAAAAAGAAAAAGAGUCAACCUGGAAGGCGUUGACAUUUGUAGUGUACUACCGUAUCCAUUUAAACUUGAAUCUCGAGGCAAGUGCUAGGCAAUGGCCAAACAAUUUCUCCCAUCAUCCUUUGUGUGUGUGUGGAGGGGAGGGGGAUCCCACCCUGAAACCACACACACAAACACACUAACACACACACACACUUCUGAGAUUUCUGUCGUCUUGGACCCACAUCUGUCUUUCAUUAUGAAUAUGAACAACUGUCCCCCUGAAAGCUGGGACGUCAGACGAGGACUGUUAGAGACUCGACUCCAUCUCUAAUGAAUCAGACUUUGACGGCCUCGUUGAAUGUUACUGAGUAUUUAUACCCGAGGGGGGGAAAAGAGGCUCAUUCAUAGUGGUGCUAAUGGUUUUCAAAACCAGACAAUGUGCCCCUAUCUCUACGAGAUACUGGAUACUGUCACGGUGACCACAAAGUUAGUCUCCCAGUCCACAAAGUGACUCUCCACCAACAACACCAUGUAUAGUGUGGGUCUCUGACAGAACAGAGAAGUGUUCAUGUUCACACUGAACCCUUCAAGGUGACAGAAAUAACACAAGUUCCACUGUGUCGUCGUGUCUUAGGGUGAAUUUCCCCUCUCAGUCCAAAUCAUUGCCAUCUCACCCAUGCCCAUUACUGAUUACAGUCUACACAUACACUUGCAAUAUAUAUAUAUAUAUAUAUAUAUAUAUAUAUAUAUUUACAAUUUCUGCGCUCAUUUGAUCAGAAUUAGACUGGAGACCUCAGCUGUAUACCCCUCACACUGCAGACACACCCAGGCUCAUAAUCACCAAUUCAUCCUGAUAUUAGCUCGCUCCACAACACGAGAGUUCCCCCCCGGCGUGGUAUGGAGUGUGGCGCAGACCGCGCGGCCUGGAGGAAGCCUGGACGCUGGUCCGACUGCAUGGACGGCAGUGUGAGGCUCUGCUGUGCGUCCAUGUUUCUGCAGGCUGAGCACAGAGCUCUCUUCACUGCUGUCGGCCCGUUCCUAACACUUGCCCCUGUUUUUUUAUGUUCACCGACUUUUUAUGGCGAGAGACAGACAGACUUGACUGACAUCUGAAAGCAUCUUUCAGGUUAUCAUAAUGGCUUGCCUAAGCCCUGUUGUAAAGUAUACAAAAAAAAAAAACAUGAUGAUGAUAAUAAUAACAAUAAUAAUAAUGGAUGGGGGUCUCUCACAUAUCAAAUGUGGAAAGUCUAAUUUUAUAUUUGUAUUUUCAAAUAAUAAUAUUGACAAAAAAAUGUCUGUGAAAGGUUUCCAUCCUCUACUGUGGUCCAGAAAUUGAUGUGUCUGUCUGGAAAAAUAAAUAAAAUAAACUGAAUUGUUAUAUGA